GCUUUCUGGAGGAGCUCAAGGCGAAGCAUGUGACAGCUUCAGACCUCUCCUCGACGGCCCAUCAGGUCCAUGUUCAGCGACCCGCUCGGGAUCUUCGGCGCGUCAUCGAUCUGGUUGCAAAGUAUGUGGCGCAGAUGGGCGAGCAGUUCGAAGAGGCGCUCCGUCAUAGCCUCCGGGACCAGCGGCGAGAAGUAAAGGACGAGCUCGUUUUCCUCAAGGCAGAUCCGGAUUCGGCAGAAGCGCAGUACUAUCGCUGGCGAGUCUUCUCCUUUGCGCAGGGAGACACGCGCCAGAAGUGGAGAUCCGAGCCAUUCCAGAUGUGCAC